AUGAUGCGUCGAAAGGGUAUUAAUGAGGAGCAGAUACCGUUCUCAUUGGAUGAUAUACGUAUCAACAUCGAUAAGGGUCGAUAUCGGAGACUCGAUCGUUUCCAAGAUGAUUUAUUCGCAUUGUUCGAUGCAUCGCGUGAGAACAGUCGAUCGGAUUCGCAGAUAUUCGAAGAUUCAGUGGAACUGCAGAUGUAUUACAUCAAGAUUCGUGACGAAUUGACGCGAAACACUUUGAUAUCGUCGGCGAGAUUGUUCACCGAAAAGAGAUUAUUGUACGCAGUGGACGAGCUGCGUAAGAAGAAGAUUCCCGUCGAGGUGCAUUCGGACAUGAUCGAUAACCAGCACCAAGUGGACAUCGGCACCUCUGCGGAAGGUGACGUGGAGUUGGAGAGGAUAGGUCAAGGUGGACUGGUAUAUCGCAAGAAUGAUUACGCGUACAUCAUAUCGUCUAAUGAUAGCGAUUCUGAUAACGAUGUGAAAAGAAGACACAUUAUGCGGAUAGAACGCAUCUAUAAGGACGACGAAGGUCACUGCUUCAUUCGAGGCAUCUGGUGCUAUCGCCCUGAAGAAACCUUCCAUCUGGCCACCAGGAAAUUCAUAGAGAACGGUUUUGAUGACAAAGAUGUAUAUGUGUGUGAGUCGCGUUACAUGGGUAAACAACUGCAUUUCAAGAAAAUGAAGUUAUCGCAACACUCGACAACGUCGUCGUCGACCGAAAACGACCGACUGAAGAAGUUACCAGCAGUUUUGCAGAAGCAUCGAGUUGAAGUGUGUGUUGGCACAAAUAAUUCGAAUUCACUGAUGAAUAGCGAUAAUAAGAACGAUGAAAACAUCACAUAUUACGAGCAGUUGGAAUACAAUGGCGAUUGGUAUCAACUGGGUGAUUUUGUUUAUGUCUACAACCCGGUCAAGAACUCGAUCUGGAUUCUACGUAUUGAUAAGAUGUGGCGUGUUCACAGUGACGACUGCUAUUUCUCGGGUCCGUAUUUCGCGAAACCGACCGAGAUCGAGCACGAACCGACGCGAAUGUUCUACAAGAACGAGUUAUUCGCCAUCGAGCAACCAGACAUCACCCUUCCAAUGCUCAACAUACAAAAACAUUGUUCUGUUCUCCUGCUCAAGGAUUAUCAGAAACUGCGUUUAACUGAAGUGGAUGAGAAGGAUGUUUACGUGGUCGAGUACAAAGUGUCAGGUAGUGAACCGGCGAAUAAUAAGAGUAGUUUAUCGAGGAGUGAGCUUAAUACGAAUGAAGUAACGGAUGCAUCUGCGAUCGCUGAAGAUUCUAUGAGUGAAUCGUCGGCCAAAAAGUUGAAAUCUUUGAAGGUAUAUCACCUAUCAUCAGAGGUAUUAGAGAACGAGAUAUACCUUUUCAAAACGCCGAUCACUAUGGAAAAGGAGAUGUCGCCGUUACUAAUGCAUACGGAUACAUCAUCGGUGCCAAUCGAGCCGUUAGAUGAUAUGGAUGAAACUGCUUCUGAAUCACUGGAUGGGUUGGAGCAUACUCCGGGAAAGGAGUUAGUGUCGUGGUUGAAUGCACAGCCGAAGAUAAGUUCUCGCUCGAAGAGUGGAUAUAUAUUAUUCAGUGCUGAGAUCCGUAAACGAAUCAUGCAGGAGAAUCCAGAAGCGGGUUUCGGAGAAGUCAGUAAAAUAGUGGGUAUAGAGUGGAAAAAGCUCUCAGAUGAACAUAAGAAGCAAUACGAGACUCGUGCCGAAUAUAUAGCGAACGAAAGAGCAAAGCAAGAGGCAAAACAACCCACUCACCUACGUCUUCACCCCGGUCAAAUUCGUGUAUUUAUGUGCAAAUGGCAAGCGUGUGAUUUUCAGUUCGAUCAUCCAGAUGCACUAUAUGAGCAUAUUAAAAAUGCGCACACUUCAAAAAUUGUUGUUGGUGAGAAUCAGUACGUUUGUUUGUGGACGUCGUGUUUGAAGUAUCGGAAGGAGGGGAAGCCGUUCCCAUCACUACCGCGUUUACAUCGCCACAUCAAAGAGAAGCAUCUGACUACUGCUGCAAAAUCCAUUUAUCCCAGUCAGCGGAGCAAGAAUUAUUAUACAAAUCAACAGUCGAGCAACACUAAUAAUAAUAAUAAUGACGGCACAUGCUCAUCAACACAGCAACAGUCGACAUCGUCGAGUCUUAAUUUUAAUAAUAAUUGUUCAAAUGUCACUAACAAUAAUAAUAACAAUCCAUCGACAACGACCACAUAUCUGACUGUGCCACAGUCUCAGUUACAGCCAGGCACAUACACGAUUAAUACUAGUCAUACACCUGUUAGUGGUUUUGUUACUCAGGCGGUCAUAGCGUCAGGAUCGCAGAUUGUAACGAACGGCUACAUGAACGGUAACGUGUCGUCGGCAGCAUCCACCAGCAACACGAACAACAACGGCUCAACACUGACUGCGUAUAUCGCCACCACAACACCGCACGCGAUCGUGCACACUCCGAACAACUCACACGCUUACCAUCCCUACCAUCAAGUUAGACAGGUAGUGUCCAAUCAGCAGCCAAUUACACUCGCAUCGUCCUCAUCGCCACUACCCACCACAACCACGUCGACAAUCAACCAGCAGUACACUGCCGUCUCGAUACAACCCAUCAACACCUAUCAGCAACAACCGAUAGCUGACCCCGGCCGAACCAUUAUACAGACUGCAAAAGAGCCCGUUUUUGUGGCACCAUUCAAUAAUGUUCAUAUCAAACGUGUCAUGCAUUCCGAAGCUUAUUUAAAGUAUAUUGAAUCGUUAUCGAACGCACAGCAACGACAUAUCAGUAAGUGGAAUCGAAGUAUAUCUGCGAAUCAGUACAAUACACAGUCCGCUCAGAAAUCCUUACCUAGCAACUGGCUAAAGGAUGCGAAGGAUGAAGGUGCCCGAGAUGAAGAUAUCGUCAAGGCGUUAUGGCGACUUAGGAAUCAACUUCUUGAAAGCACUCUGAACAUUGCACGGGAAUUUGACAAACAGCACACACUGAAGGAGGUGAUCGGUGCGCAGAACGGAGUGUUAUUCAAAGAUGAGGCUUUAAGUCCGGUGUUCUGUAAGCCGAAGUUGAUACCUUUGAAGUCGAUUUCAUUGAUGAAAUUAGAGCAGAUGCAACAGGAUUCCAUCAAUAAACUGAUGCAGUUAGCUGCUGAUGAAAAGAAUUCGAAACAGAGUGAAACGACUGAAAGUGAGCAGAAAAGUGCGGAUAUCUGGACUGCAGACAGCAGUGGAGAUACCAAUUAA